AUGUCCACGGCGCUGGAGAGCUACAUUAACCGUACGGUGGCUAUCGUGACGUCAGACGGAAGGAUGAUUGUGGGCACACUCAAGGGCUUCGACCAGACCAUCAACUUGAUCUUGGACGAGAGUCACGAGCGCGUGUUCAGCUCGGGUCAGGGCGUGGAGCAAGUGGUUCUGGGACUUUACAUUGUGCGGGGAGACAACGUAGCCGUGAUCGGCGAAAUCGACGAGGAGACCGAUUCCACGCUGGACCUGGGCAACAUCCGAGCCGAGCCGCUCAAUUCCGUCGUCCAUUGA